AUGAGAGCACCCAUGGCCCCCAGGAGAGGCACCCCAUGGCCCCCAGGAGAGCACCCCAUGAGCCCCAUGGCCCCCAGGAGAGAUGGCCCCAGCACCCAUGGCCCCCAGGAGAGCAGCCCCAUGGCCCCCCACCCCAUGGCCCCGAGGCAGCCCCAGCCCCCAGGAGAGCACCCCAGCCCCAGGAGAGCACCCCAUGGCCCCCAGCACCCCAUGGCCCCAGGAGAGCACCCCAUGGCCCCCAGGAGAGCACCCCAUGGCCCAGGAGAGCACCCUCAGGAGAGCACCCCAUGGCCCCCAGGAGAGCACCCCAUGGCCCCCAGGAGAGCACCCAUGGCCCCAGGAGGAGCACCCCAUGGCCCCCAGGAGAGCACCCCAUGGCCCCCCCAGGAGAGCACCCCAUGGCCCCCAGGAGAGCACCCAUGGCCCCCCCCAGGAGAGCACCCCAUGGCCCAGGAGAGCACCCCAUGCCCCCAGGAGAGCACCCCAUGGCCCCCAGGAGAGCACCCCAUGAGCCCCCAUGGCCCCCAGGAGAGCACCCCAUGGCCCCAGGAGAGGCCCAUGGCCCCCGAGGAGAGCACCCCAUGGCCCCCAGGAGAGCACCCCAUUGGCCCCCAGGAGAGCACCCCAUGGCCCCCAGGAGAGCACCCCAGGCAGAGCACCCCAUCAUGGAGGAGAGCACCCAUGGCCCCCAGGAGAGCACCCCAUGGCCCCAUGGCCCCCAGGAGAGCACCCCAUGGCCCCCCACCCAGCCCCAGGAGAGAGCACCCCAUGGCCCCCAGGAGAGCACCCCAUGGCCCCCAGGAGAGCAGCACCCAUGGCCCCCAGGAGAGCACCCACCCCAGCACCCAUGGCCCCCAGGAGAGCACCCCAUGGCCCCCAAGGAGAGGCACCCCAUGGCCCCAGGAGAGCACCCCAUGGCCCCGAGGAGAGCACCCAUGGCCCCCAGGAGAGCAACCCAUGGCCCCCAGGAGAGCACCCCAUGGCCCCCAGGAGAGCACCCCAUGGCCCCCAGGAGAGCACCCCAUGGCCCCCAGGAGAGCACCCCAUGGCCCCCAGGAGAGCACCCCAUGGCCCCAGGAGAGCACCCCAUGA